UGAGUGCGGAUUUAUAAUCUGAUGAACAGAGAGAGACCCAGCUAACACCCCACUCCUUCCGGCUCAAGGUCACAGCUCCAGGGCAGAGUGAAAGCACUUAACCUGGAGUUUGUAUCUAAAGAAGAAGAGCACAGUUCUGAAGACCAUUUCCUGCUUGUUGCAGAGUUGGGGAUCUCUCUUGCAACCCUGGAUCAUGGCCUGGCUGCUUCCCAGGGCUUGCUGCCUAAAAGUCUUCUGUCAGUCCUCUAGAGGACCCUUUUCUUCUGGAAUAGCUAGAGCUUGGAGCGGUGGGCCCCUGACUGCAUAUAUGCCGGAAGCUGUAGCGUUCGCUGGAUCAAGGGACCACCCAGGGCUGUACAAGGUGUCAGUGGAGCACGUAGAUGAAUUCUGGGGAGCUCUAGGGAGAAGCCGACUCAUGUGGAUUAAUCCUUUUCACUCUGUCAAAGACUGUAAUCUACAGCAGGGCUGGGUGUCCUGGUUCCUGGGAGGACAACUGAAUGUAGCAGUGAAUUGUCUGGAUCGACAUGUCCACACAGCCCCAAACAAAGUGGCCCUGAUCUGGGAGAAAGAUGAGCCUGGGAAAGAAGUCCGGGUUACAUACAGAGAACUGCUUGAGUUGACCUGCCGUCUGGGAAACACCUUGAAACGACAGGGAGUGAAAAGAGGUGACCGAGUCACCAUCUACAUGCCCCCAUGCCCUCUGGCUGUGGCAAGCAUGCUAGCCUGUGCCCGGAUAGGAGCCGUACACACUGUGGUAUUUGCCGGAUUCAGCUCCGAGGCUCUAGCUGACAGGAUCCGGGAUGCACAGUCAGAGACAGUGAUCACUGUGAACCAGGGGCUGAGGGGGGGCAAGGUUAUUGAGCUGAAGCAGACAGUGGACCAGGCCGUGCGUGCAUGCCCGCUGGUGAAGCGAGUUCUGGUUUCCAUGAGGACUGAGCAGAAGGUUCCCAUGUCAGAACUGCAUGUGCCGCUGGAGGAGGAAAUGAUGAAAGAAGAUGUAUGCUGUGAGCCUGCUGUCAUGGAGAGUGAAGACUUGCUGUUCCUUCUCUACACAUCAGGCAGUACUGGCAAACCCAAGGGGCUGGUCCACUCCCAGGCAGGAUACUUGCUCUAUACUGCCAUCACACACAAGUAUGUGUUUGAUUACCACGAUGGGGACAUCUUUGGCUGCGUGGCAGACAUCGGUUGGAUCACAGGGCACAGUUAUGUGGUGUAUGGCCCUCUGUGCAACGGAGGUACCACUGUCCUUUUUGAGAGCACUCCAGUGUACCCCAAUCCUGGGCGUUACUGGGAAACAGUGGAGAGGUUACGAAUUAAUCAGUUCUAUGGAGCACCCACAGCAAUUCGCUUGCUGCUGAGAUAUGGGGACGAGUGGGUAAAGAGAUACGACAGAUCUUCCCUCAAGACCCUUGGAUCAGUGGGAGAACCCAUCAACACAGAAGCAUGGGAGUGGUACUUCAACGUGGUUGGCGAUGCACGGUGCCCAGUAGUUGACACAUGGUGGCAAACUGAAACAGGAGGCAUCUGUAUCUCUCCCCGUCCAUCCAGCCCCGGAGAUGAGAUUCUUCCAGGCAUGGCCAUGAGACCAUUCUUUGGGAUCAGCCCUGCCCUCCUGGAUGACAAGGGAAACAUCCUAACACAGAACAAUGUCUCUGGAGCCCUCUGCAUCUCUCAGGCCUGGCCAGGAAUGGCACGGACCAUUUACAAUGACCACAAGAGAUUUCUGGAAACCUACUUGAUGCCUUACCCAGGAUUUUUCUUCACGGGAGAUGGAGCCUAUCGUACCAGCCAAGGAUAUUACCAGCUGACAGGACGUCUGGAUGAUGUCAUCAAUGUUAGCGGGCACAGGCUAGGCACUGCAGAGCUGGAAGAUAUUGUGAAUCAGCACAGAGCGGUGGCAGAGUCAGCCGUGAUCGGCUUCCCUCAUGAGAUCAAAGGAGAAGGAGCGUAUGUGUUCAUUGUGCUGAAGAAGGGGACUGAUGUCUCUCAGGAGAGGCUGAGCAAUGAACUUAAGGAGCUAGUCUCAAAGAAGAUUGCAAAAUAUGCAAGUCCUGAAUAUGUUCAGGUCACAAAGCGGCUACCCAAGACCCGUUCAGGUAAGAUUAUGCGCCGUGUCCUGAAGAAGAUUGUAGAGGACAAGGCAGAUGAGCUUGGGGACCUGACCACCUUAGAUGACCACGAGGCCGUGGAGGAGAUCAUCGAGGGGCACAAGCGCCUCCUGCAGGAGGAGCAGGGCCAGUAACCCAAGUGCAGUCAGAGACUCUCUGCUCCCCUUUUCUUCACCCCUCCCACCCCCAUCUAAUUUGGGACCUAGCCUAGAAAAAGCCAAUCAACAGGCACCAGUAAUUCAGUUGAGAUCAGACCUUUAUUUUUCACACCAGCACUGAAGACCUUGGACCUCCAAAGCAGACCGUUCCUCUGAGAAGUGACCGUGUCUGGGGGCAGUAAGAGUGAGGGUGAGGCAGGCAGAGGGGGUGAGGAAGGGUGCCCUGCUUCCUCCCUGGGAAGCGGAAGGUAGAAGGCCCUAGUGAAAAGCCACCAUACCCCUCCCCGCAUCUGGAUAAUGAGGAAGGAGGCAGAGGGCAGAGGUUGGCUAAUCCCAGAUUGGAGGCCUCUCUUCAGGAUGGCUCCCAGCUCCAGCAUGUCCAUGUAGAACACUAAGCGCCCAUGUUUUUCCUGCUGCUGCUCCAAACCCACUGCCACAGCACUGUGUCUGUGUGGGGAAGCGGUGUCCAUGCAGGACAGGGUCAGCUUUAGGGAAAAUGGCACCCUGGCUGAAUCUGUAUUUUGGCACCCUUUGAGUUUGAGAACAGUAGCAUGGGGCGCAGGGAUCAGGUGCCUGCCAGGCUGCAUAGGGAGAAGUUUGAGCCCAGGGUCUCCCUUCACCAUACACCCCGAUCACCUAGCAGGAGGAGAGUGGUGCACAGCUACUGCCUGUGCCCACAGGAAAGGGGGACCCAGGGGCUGCCCACUGGCUCUGCAGGGGUGAGCCCUGCUGCCUGCACCUCCCAGAAAGGCUGGCAGCUCGGGGCAGCACUGCCCACACCUGCCCGGCUGGCCAGAGGCUCCAGCCCAGCUUCCACUCACCUGUGCUCUGGUAGCCCAGGCCCACUAGCUUGUGGCACUCGCACAUCGCGUCCUCCCCCACCCCAAUGCCCUAGGCAGUUGCCCACUUAGCCCACCCGUAAGGCCAGCCCUAGUGCAGGAUGACAGGAGGAAGCAGCUGCUGUCUGCCACCAGCUCAGGCUGCUUGAUGAAUGCUGCCACACAUACCCCAUGCUAACAGGCCCUGGAUUUUAAUGCAAAAUGCUUCUAGUGAGGUUCAGCCUGGGGUAAAAUGACACGAACUCCAUGGACUAAUCUACCAUGUGCUGAGCACGGCCCUGAACAGAAUGAGGAGACAUGGGCCCUGUCCAUCCCAGCAGAUCCCAGCCUCACGUUCAGAUGAUAGUGGUCCCUGUGGAGACCAUGGUCCUUUCUGAGCUAGCAUCACACUGCAGUCAAGUACAGGCACCACUGGCCCUGCCUUUGCACAGCAC